AUGGGGAGCGCAAACAUAAGUCCAAUUGCUUUCAUUUUCAUCAGAUUAACUUUUAUCUUUUUCAUUUUUGAAAUUACAUUACCUUCAGCUAACGGUGAAAAACUCGUCAAUGGAACUUGUCUACCUUCAAAGAACAUUAUUUGUAAUCCCGGAAUUAUUCUUCCAGUGUGGGAACCUGUUGAUAACCUUAGCACUGGUGAUCGAAUUGCUAGGUCGGCUGUUUACUUUUCGGCACUUAUGUACCUUUUUCUGGGUAUUUCUAUUAUUGCCGAUAGGUUCAUGGCGGCUAUAGAGGUCAUUACUUCUAAGGAAAAAGAAGUCACUAUAAAAAAGAAAAAUGGUGAAAAGCAGGUUAUUUCUGUAAGGAUUUGGAACCAGACCGUCUCAAAUCUCACUCUAAUGGCACUGGGUUCUUCCGCUCCUGAAAUUCUUCUUUCCGUUAUCGAAAUUAUUGGGAAAAGGUUUGAAGCAGGAGAGCUUGGUCCAGGAACUAUUGUUGGCUCUGCAGCAUUCAACCUCUUUGUCAUAAUAGGAUUAUGUAUUUUGGUAAUUCCUGAUGGUCAAGUAAGGCGCAUUAAACACCUUAGCGUAUUCUUUAUCACGGCUGCUUGGAGCGUAUUCGCGUAUUUAUGGCUAUAUUGCAUCAUUGCUGUUUUUUCUCCGGGAUUCGUUGAUGUAUGGGAGGCGGUACUGACGUUUUUAUUCUUCCCUGGCACAGUUAUUACAGCAUAUAUUGCAGACACAAGGAUUUUCUUCAAAAAGUUUUUAAGAAAGAGAUAUCAUGCAACUGGCAUAGUCAAAGCUAUCGCGGACGGUGAUAUUGAAAUUCCUGCAAACCACACAGAUGAAGUUGCCUAUACCGGGGGUGAAUUUGAUGAUGAAUACGAACACGAAAACCGUCGAUUGGAUUUAGUAGAAACCAUCAAAGAAAUUCGCAAAAAGAAUCCAAACAUUGAUCCAAAAACAUUGGAGGAGAUGGCUCAACGAGAAUUGCUAAACCGAGGCCCAAAAUCUCGUGCUUUCUAUCGUAUUAAAGCAACACGUCAGUUAACUGGUGGUGGAAAUGUUGUAAAGAAACAAAAGUAUGAUCACCGAAAAUCCCAAGAUGUUGAUGUUAAAGAAGAAUAUUCUGAAGACCUACAGAGAGUAUUCUUUAAUCCGGAUCAUUAUACUGUGAUGGAAAAUGUUGGAACCUUUUUGAUCACUGUCUCAAGACAAGGCGGUGAUCCAGAUGCGAUAAUUUCUGUCGAUUAUCAAACAUACGAUGGGACGGCUGAGGCUGGGACUGACUACAUUUCGGUAUCAGGAACUCUAACCUUUAACUCAGGGGAAAUGCAUAAGCAAUUUUCGAUUAGCAUUAUCGACGAUGAUGAGUUCGAAGAAGAUGAACAUUUUAGUGUGCGUCUUAGCAAUCUCAAAGUUAUCCGGUCAUUUGGAACUCUGGAUGCUCGCUUAGUGGAACCAACAACUGCCACGAUUAUGAUUCUCGAUGACGAUCAUUCUGGCGUGUUUCAUUUUGAGUUUCCUGAAAUCAAGGUGCCCGAGUCGAUAGGAUUUGCAGAAAUCAAAGUUAUUCGCUCCUCAGGUAAUGCUCGGUACUUUUUUAUUUCCUUUUAUUAA